ACCUUCGUUGUAUAUCAGAUGCGUUAAACUCGUGGCGCAUGCGCAUAAAGCAUAAGUAACAAAUUUCCAUUGAAAACAGGAUCGUAUUUCCUUUUGUGCGUGUAUUCGAACUGUAAAGGAUGGCACCAAGGUACGAAUUAGCAGUUGGUCUUAAUAAAGGCCACAAGACCACUAAAAUUCGCGUGGCAAAAAAUGCAAGCGAAAAGAGCAAGACGGUGUGCGUUUUGCCCUCCAGAUUCAAAGGGAGACAAAACAAGCAUAUCAAAUUUGUCAGAGACUUAAUUCGUGAAGUUACUGGACAUGCUCCGUAUGAAAAACGUGCUAUGGAAUUGUUGAAAGUUUCCAAAGAUAAGCGUGCAUUGAAGUUUUUAAAGAGAAGGCUGGGCACACACAUUAGAGCUAAAAGGAAACGUGAAGAACUUGGAAACAUCCUUGUCCAGAUGAGGAAAGCAGCUGCUCAUCAUUAAAUAACACAUUAUUAAAUUUUUAUAAUAUUACAUAUUAAUAAAAAUAUAUGUAAAACAUGCA